AUGUCCAAAGAAUUCGAAGGCCAGGACCCCCUCGAGAUCGCCAAGCAAGCCGAGCGCGACCUCAACACCCACCCCUCCAAAAUGGAGUCCGCCGCCGACGACGCGAAGGCCGGGCGGCGAGGGAACCCCAGCGACAGCACAGCCGAAUCCGGCGUCGACCAAGGCGUCGAGAACAAAUUCCCCGGCGCCGAAGUGACGUACGGCUCGGCGGCGAGCGGUGCAGGCGGGAACCGCGAUAUGCCUGAGGGCGGGACGAAUCCCUUGACGGGGCAGCCCUACAAGGCGAAAGACUUCGAGGGAACAGGAGGACCCGAGGACAAGGCGGCGGCGCACGCGGCGGAGAACCCGGGCGACGAUAUGGUGCGGGAGAAUGUGCGGCAGCAGAAGGAGCCGCAGCCUUUUGUGUCGAAGUAG